GAAGCAUAUCCGUUCGCGUAUCCGGAAAUGUCGAGAAGAGACGCAAGAAACUCUCAAGCGAAACCAUAAUAAAACAGUGUUAAAAAACAAAUAAUCAACAAUAACAAGAAAUGGGGCAAUUUGAGGAUCAGUUAGCAGAACAAGUGCGACGUUAUAAGCACUUAUACGACCCUUCUUCAAAAAAUUACAAGCACAGUGAGGUGGUGCUGAAAUCCUGGAAGGAAAUCGGAAAAAGCCUGGGCGAGGAUCCGGAGGUGUGCAUGAAGAAAUGGAAAGCAAUCCGAGACAAAUAUGUGCGUCUGAAAAAAAAAUUAAAGAGCAGAAACGGCGACUCAGGCCCGGAUGAAGACAAAGAGCCGGAGUAUUGUAUGAGGUUGUCGUGGCUCAGCGGAUUUAUUAAACACCGAGACACAAAGAGCGACUUUGUCCCGAAGAGCGAAUUGGCAGGAUGGGGGAGGGGCACAGUGCAGCACGCGCCGUGCAGCGACGACGAGUCCGCGUGCUCGGAAGUGUCGUCAGUGAGUCAGCCAGUGAAGAAAAGGAAGCGCGUGCCCAAAGGCGAGGACAUUUCCGACAAGAUCUCCACUUUACGGCAGGAAAUGGUGAACUGCACAGCUCUGGUGUCGCAGCUGAGCGCCAUCACCGAAUCCCGACGGAGCAGCGACGAGUUUUUCACCUUUGCCCAGGCUGUAGCCGACUCUCUCCGGAAACUCCCUCCUGAGCGGGUGGAAGCAACCAAAGUGAAACUGUUUACUGUGCUCGGAGAAGCACACAGUGCAGCCAGACAUUAGAAAUAAAUCUAUACUCCAGAUCUAUAUAUUUUUGUUUGAUGUCAUGCACAAAUAGCCUCUCUAACAAUCCCUGUUUUUACAACACAUUUCCUUCCAUCCAUCAUCUGUACCUGCUUUAUCCUGUUCUACAGGGUCGCAGGCAAGCUGGAGCCUAUCCCACCUGACUAUGGGAGUCAGCAGGUCAUCGCAGGCCUGACACAACCAUCCACACUCACGUUCACUUUAGAGCCAGCGAUUAACCUAACCUGCAUGUCUUUGGACCCGGACGAAACCUGUGCAGACACGGCGAGAACAUGCAAAUUCCACGCAGAAAGGCCCUCGUUGGCUGCUGGGCUCGAACCCAGGACCUUCUUGCUGUGAGGCGACAGUUCUAACCACUACACCACCGUGCAUUCUUACACAGUAACAUAUAAUAAUAACAACUAUUUUUAUAUUAAAUAAAGUAAAUGGUUCAUAA